AAUCUGUUUAGUGUUUGUACUCCACAGAGUGACAUAGUGAUUUUACAGGCUACAUUGUUUAUUGUAUUUAUAGUCACAAGGAUUCUAAGCACAGAUUUCCCUUUUGCAAUCGCUAUGGUUUGAUGAAUUUGCCAUCUAGACUCCUAAACGUUAGUGUGAGAAUGAGCAUUUUGAAAUAUAGCUGUGUGAGGACCUUGUACUACCUACCAAUGUACAUCUUGGUCAUUCCUGUGGUAAUAUUCAUUGUCCUGAAAGGAUUGUUACGUCAUGGACCAUGCUGGCUGUUUUAUAAGAAAGAAAGAUUAGAGAGACCAGCUUGCAUGGAUGAUCCACAGCUUGGAAACCAUAAGUUUGUCCAAGUCAAGGACAUAAAGCUUCAUAUUGUAGAGUCAGGUGAUCCUAAGAAUCCUUUGAUGUUAUUUCUACAUGGCUUUCCAGAAUGCUGGUAUUCAUGGAGACAUCAGAUCAGAACAUUCAAUAAAGAUUAUCACUGUGUAGCCAUUGAUAUGAGAGGUGUUGGUGAAUCAGAUGGUCCUCCAGGAAAGAUGAACUAUACUUGUGACCUUAUCACAGGAGAUGUGUGUGAACUGAUCCAUGUUCUAGGACAUGAGACAUGUAUCUUGAUAGGACAUGACUGGGGUGGAUUGAUAGGAUGGAAGUUUGCUGCACAGUAUCCUGAAAUGGUGGAUAAAUAUAUAGCAAUGAAUAUACCACACCCUGAUAGAUUCAAUGAGCUUGUAUCAUUAUACUUGCCACAAAUAAUCAAGUCAUGGUACAUAUUUUUCUUCCAAAUGCCAUGGUUCCCUGAAAGGGGAGUACAGAUGGGAGAUUACAACAUGAUCAAUGAAGAAUGUAAACAUGGCGAAACUACUGAUGAAGAUAUUGAAGCAUUCAAGUAUUCUAUAUCAAGACCAGAUCGUCUGCAUACCUUCAUGAACUACUACCGUAAUGAACUUACUCUGAUCUUCACCAAAACUGGAGUGGUUAAGACACCAACUCUGCUCAUUUGGGGGACAGGAGAUGAUUACCUUCACACCCGUCUUUCUUAUGACACUGAGAAAUUCUGCCCAAAUCUGAAGGUGGAGCGUAUAGAGGGCGGCAAUCACUUCAUCCAACAGGAGCAGCCGGAUCUUGUCAAUCAGCUGAUGAAAAAAUAUUUGGAGAAAGAAAUUACUCUUGAAAUAUGAAGCAACAUUUCAGAGUUUUUAAAGUUGCUUUUAACUAUUGUUUCGUUAUUAGGUUAUAUUGACACAGUACAUAGCUCAUAGUGAUGAAUGUUUGAAUGAUAAAAUAUGCACAUUUUACAAUCAUACUUACUUCAAUCAUUGAUAAUUUGAGAGUUUUGAUUACUUAGUGUCUUCUUUGCUAUUCUCAUGUAUAAACUGCUUGUAACAUCCAUUUCUGUUUAAUUCAAUUAUAUACUUUUUUUUUUCAAUAUCACAUAAUCUGUGCUGUAUCUUAAUUAUCCAUGUACAUAUUGAUAUUGAAAUGUAAACAAAAUGACUUCCUAUUUUUAAUGAUGGACAAGAAAUAAAUACAUAAACUUAUAUACAAAUUCAAAAAUUGAUACAAUUUUCAUGGGGGAAAAAGUACCGGAGAAUGCAUUAUAGUUUUUUUCCCGUUUUAUCAGGCUUUUGUAAUAAACCUGAGAAUGUUGUACUUUAGUGUAUUUUCCCCUUAAUGUUCAAGACCUAAGAUUAUAUUAAUGAUCCAUGAAUGCAGAUAUACAAUGAAAUUUAGCAUCCAAUGGCUUUCAAAUAUAUAUUUUUUUUAAUGUGGAAAAUUCAAAAUACAUGUGAUAACAAAACUUUUUAAAAAAUUCAAAUAAUUCAAUUAUGGUCAAUUUCUUUGGAAUAAUCUCAAACCUGUCUUUAAAAUUCUAGUUACAUACUCUAUAUUUAAACACAAAUUGAAACUUCUAUCCUAAACAUAUACCUGAAUAAUAAUCCCUCGGCUCCCUAGUGUUCUUCAAAAGCAUCAUCAGUUCACCCUAAUUUUUUCUUUCUUUUUAAGUAUAUCUCUUUCUAUUUUUUGUUUAUAUAUAUUUUAACAAAUUGACAAUACCUAUAAUUUAUUCAGAGGGAAUCUUCAAAUUAUAAGCUCUGCCUUUAGUUUACCUUUCAUGCAUGUUCUCAUCUUCAUGUCUAUAUCCAAUGUGCAAUUCCAUACAAGUACGUUUUAACAGUCUUAUUUCUACUGAAAUAUUGUAAUGCACUAUUUUAUCAUUAACAUUUUUUUCUUGUUGAAUGAUAUAUUGUAAUAUACUUUGUUAGAUAUGAAAAUAAACCAAACUGAAACUGAGUGAAUUUUUGUAAUAACUGUACCCCUUCAAAUUAAUGUCAAAAGUACGUGGAUCAUAUUUGCAUCUAAAUUUACUUGCAUUUGUUUAUACAUGCUCUAUUCAUUUUCCAAGCUACAUCAAUACCUCAUAUCAUAACAAGAUGAAAUAUUGUAUAAGCUUCUGACAUUGAAGUAGAACAUUCAACUUAAGAAUGGGAUUUCAUAUUUUCUUUCUAAGUAGCUAUAGAAGUAUUCAAAUACCAUGCAAGAACACUCUCUUGAAGAUCUAAUCAUUUAGAUGUACAGAACCUUCAUCCUCAAAUGCUUUUGCUUGAAAGAAAAAUAAUAUCGUACCAGUAGACAUUGAACUUCACGUGAGCACCCCAUAAUUCCAUAAAUUGGUAUUUUCUCAAAGAUUCACCAACAUAUUCUUGUUUUUUAAGAUCAACUUAUCAUCUGGGUAAACUUCCUUUCACUAUAAAAAUAAUUCAGAAUCCUUCUGGAUCAAUUACUGCAAAAAGGGUAAUGGUACUUGUAAGACUGGGGAAGACACGCAUGCUGAGUACCUAGGGAGCUCUUUGAAAGAAAAAAAAAAACCCACAUCAUUGGUGAGGCGACUUGCUAUUCAAAGAAUGGACUUUGAUCAAAGAAGUGUGUACAGUCCCGAUAUCUAGAUCCCGAUCCCAAUUAUGGAGGUGGAUUCUUUCUUCUCGCUGAAAUAUGAUUUAUGAAAUCUCUUUCAUUUUGGAGGAGGUAUUCUUCAGAUGAGGUAUGAAGCUUUUUGUCUGAUUUAAUAAUCAUAAACUAGAGAAACAUUUUACAAAAUUACUUAGGAAAUCUUUUGAAGACUCUUUAAGGAAAGGAAAUACGAAUUAGGAGGAAAAUGAGGAGGGGGGGGGGGGGGAGAAGGAGAUCGAUUGAUGAGAGAAGAAGAGAGAGGAGGGGAGGGGAGAAGGAGGGGGAUUGA